GGCGCGGCCUCGCAGCCCGGCUCUGAGGCGGUGGGCCCUGGCCGUUCCCAGCGUCUCCCCGGCCAGCUUGCGACCCCUUUUCAAAGUCAGAGCCGCGGUGCUCCUUUGCCGACUUGGAGAGCUGGGUCCCCGAGAUCCAUCUGGGCUGAUACUCAAGAGCCUUGGUUACGACCGACUUGUUCUGCAGAUCGGUAGAGGAACGGUAGUGCCUGAACCGUUCAGUACUGAGGCCUUCACUCUGGACGUGUACAGGUACAAGGAUUCCUUGAAAGAAGACCUUCAGAAGGCAGAUCUUGUUAUUAGUCACGCAGGUGCAGGAAGCUGUUUGGAGACUCUGGAAAAAGGAAAGCCACUUGUAGUAGUUAUAAAUGAAAAGUUGAUGAACAAUCAUCAGCUGGAAUUGGCAAAGCAGCUGCACAAAGAGGGGUAUCUCUUCUACUGUACUUGCAGCACGCUUCCUGGGCUGUUACAGUCAAUGGACUUAUCAACAUUGAAAUGUUAUUCUCCUGGCCAGUCAGAAAAAUUUUCUGCAUUUUUGGAUAAAGUUGUUGGAUUACAAAAAUAAACACUAAACUCUCAAUACUUUAAAAACA